CUCCAAGUAGUUCGUCACUCAUAAAUGAUAUAAUAUUACUAUUACUAGACUUGUUCAAUUUUGGCAACUUCCUCAUCUUUAUAUAUAUAGAUGGUUCAAGCCAAGUACAUCUAGCAUUACAAUAAACAUAAUCAAUAAUGUCUCGUUUUGUCAUCCUUACUUCUGUCCUUCUGUUGAUUACCACUCAAUUGGUCACCGCCGUAACUUACACUGUCACGAACGCUGCAGCCAACACCCCAGGUGGAACCCGAUUCAACAAUGAAAUCGGGUCUGCGUACGCCCGUCAAUCUCUCUCUUCUGCCACUGAUUUCAUUUGGAAAACCUUCCAACAAUCCGACCCAGCUGAUCGUAAGACCAUACAACAGGUGGGUCUAACAGUGGAGACAAUGGAUGGAGUAGCCUACACAAGCAACAAUCAGAUCCAUCUGAGCGCAAACUACGUGCAAAGCUACUCAGGCAACGUGAGAACUGAAGUAACAGGAAUUUUGUACCAUGAGAUGACCCAUGUUUGGCAAUGGAACGGUAAUGGGCGGGCCCCAGGAGGAUUGAUUGAAGGGAUUGCGGAUUAUGUUAGGCUUAAAGCGGGUUACGCCCCGUCUCAUUGGGUCAAACCGGGUCAAGGUGAUAGAUGGGAUCAAGGUUAUGAUGUUACUGCUAGGUUUUUAGACUACUGUAACAGUUUGAGAGAUGAUUUUGUGGCUCAACUUAACAAGAAAAUGAAGGAUGGUUAUAGUGAUGCUUAUUUUAGUGAUUUAUUGGGUAAGUCUGUUGGUCAACUUUGGAUUGACUACAAGGCUAAGUAUAACAACUAAGUUCUGUAUUUAUUGUUAGUGAUAUGUUACAAUAUUAGACCAAUUUUCAAUAAUUCAUUGUGAUUUGUCGGAAAAAUAUCAUAUGUGUGAUGACUGAUGACUGGUGUUUUGUGUGGUUGUAAAUUCUUUUAUUUGAUGAAAAUGGUUCGGAAAAUUUUAA